GGUUUCGAAUCAUGGGAUUGGGAUGUCAUUUGUUCUGAAAAAAUUGUAAAGCUUAAAUUUAACUCUUUCAUAAGUCUACUUCAUUUUUUCUUUAACUAAAACAACAUGGGUGUUUUAGCCAACACUCAAUAUGCCGUGUAUACUACGUUCCUCAGCAUAGUUACUAUUAUAGGUUUGUUUUACCUGUUAUCUGGCAGAGGAUCACGUUUUGACUUUGGAUGGUUUUUAGCUGAGUUAUCACCGUUUCUAUGGUGCUGCUUGGGCAUUGGUUUGGCUAUCUCUCUCUCUGUAGUAGGAGCUGCUUUAGGCAUUUACACUACUGGAGUUAGUAUUGUUGGAGGAGGUGUAAAAGCUCCAAGAAUAAGAACUAAAAACCUUGUCAGCAUUAUAUUUUGUGAAGCAGUCGCUAUAUAUGGAAUCAUAAUGGCAAUUGUUCUAGUCAACCAACUGAAGCGAUUUACAGGUCACGCCAUUCAGACUGAGAGUGCGUUCGAUGAGCAUUGCUUUCUAGGUUAUGUGAUGUUUGGUGCCGGCAUCACAGUUGGAUUUUGUAAUUUCUUCUGUGGUUUAAGUGUUGGUAUUGUAGGUUCAGGAGCAGCUUUGGCAGAUGCUGCAAAUCCUGCUCUUUUUGUCAAAAUCCUCAUUGUUGAGAUCUUUGCUAGUGCCAUUGGAUUGUUUGGUUUAAUCGUUGCCAUCAUUAUGAAUGCUAAAGUAAACAUGAGUGAUAAAAAGUCAUGAAUAGUCUAAGCUUCAACUGCUACCAAAUCAUUUACUCAAGUGUGCAUGAUAUCCCAGUUGUCAAACUGAAUGUUUCAUCGUUAGUUGGUGUUAAUAUCUUGUUAUGUGCUAGAAUGAAUUAUGUGAACUGUUUAUAUGUACAUUCCAUUUCAUUUCAUACAAAUUAGCACUUUGUAAUUAUUUAAAAUAAAUUAUUUAAAUGUUUCAUCAAAAUAA